CACCAGCAGCCCGCUGCCCCUCCAUGGCUUCUGGCUCUAUCCCGCCUUCUGACCACUUGACCGACUUGGCUGGGCCAUUGUUUUCCUCUCCUUUCGAACCCCAUCCGAUCAGCAGGCUGUGAAUAGCAUCGUCCACACAUCCAAAAUGGCCUCCCACGAUGACGAAACCAUGCCUGAGGAGACUCAGGGCUACAAGCUCUCUCAGCCCAAGCAGAGCAUCGCUGAGUACCACCAGAUGGACGCCGGCGAUGAGUCUCUCCAGCGGUACAAGCAGUCCCUCGGCCUCGGCGGCGGCAAGGACCUCUCCGACCCCAACGACCCCCGAGUCUGCAUCAUCCUGUCCCUGACCAUGGACUCGCCCGGCCGCGACCCCGUCACCAUCGACCUCUCCUCCGCCGGCAGCGAGACCACGCUCAAGGACAAGCCCUUCAAGAUCAAGGAGGGCGCCAAGUUCACCAUGAGCGCCGAGUUCAAGGUCCAGCACGAGAUCCUCAGCGGCCUGCACUACGUCCAGGUCGUCAAGCGCAAGGGCGUCCGGGUCUCCAAGGACUCGGAGAUGAUUGGAAGCUAUGCUCCCAACACCGACAAGCAGCCCACCUACGUCAAGAAGUUCCAAGAGGAGGAGGCUCCCUCCGGCAUGCUCGCCCGAGGCCACUACAACGCCAUCUCGAGCUUUGUCGACGACGACAAGAAGAAGCACCUCGAGUUCGAGUGGAGUUUCGACAUCAGCAAGGAUUGGUAGCGGACAAUUGUGUUUUGCAGCUGCGAAAAAGCGUUUGGAAACGGUGUCCUCACAGCCUCGCGCCCCCUUUUUAUGUUUUACUC